ACGAACCCUGCCACGGUGGAUGACACGCACACCUGUGCUCCGCGUCUCCUCGGGACCGAGUGGAGCCGCGGGUCAAAGCCCAGCCGCCGGUGUCCCCACGGGAGAGGUGGUCUCUGUGCUGGCACAGGCGUGGGGCUGGAGGCAGCCCCGCAGAACUGAGGCGCGAUGACAGCCCCUCAGAAGCACAACCUCUUCUCGCCAGAACCUCACUACAUCCCUGGCUAUGCCGGCUUCUACCCGCAGCUGCGCUACCGGGUGGGGGACACCUACGGGCGCACCACGGCGCAGCUGCUCACAGACCCCAGCGUGCAGAAGAGCCCCUGCUCCGUGCUGGCCCCCGUGGCCAAGCCCAAGUUCAUCGAGGACUUCAGCAAGCCCAAGCCACCGUUUGUGCCCUGCCGAGACCUGAUCGAGCCCUACAUACCCCACUACACUGGUCUGAAGCCCUACAAGAACUUUGAGAUGCUGGGCCAGUUCCCACCCCAGGAAGCGGAUGCCCAGGGGUCCCUGGGGGGUGAGAAUGUAUCCAGACAAGUCCCACUGCCUGCAGGCUUCAUGCCCUAUCCCCCUUACGCCCCCUGCCCUCCGGGCAGGAAGGGGGACUCCAGGGACCUUGGACACCCGGGGCUGCGGCUGGCAUUAGGGGAAGAGGCCUGGAAGAACACCGCCCCUGCCUGCGAGGCCCCCGGGCAGUACCAGCUGUACCACUGCAGGAGGGACGAGUCCCCACCCCUCGCCCACUGGCAGGAGACACUCGACGUGGGCAGGUUCCACAGGCUGCCCCAGCUGGACCACCCCAAGCUGAUCCAGCGCAAGGCCAUCUCAGGUUAUGCAGGCUUUGUCCCUCGGUUUGCCUGGGUGAUGGGGAUGAAUUAUCGCGAUGGGGUCACACAGGCUAUGGAUGAGUUCGACAAGAGCCAGUUUCUGCUCAGAAAUCCCAUCUGUGCCCUGGGUGAGAGGCUGCCCAGCACACACUGGCCCAGCAACACCAUCUACAGAAGCCAGGGCCUGAUACCUUUCUACAUGGGCUUCAUACCCUCCGUGCAGGACAACUACGCACUGACCUUCGGCAGCAGCGCCCGCAAGGCCCAUCAGAAGGAACUGGAGAGGCGCAGCCGGACACUAUGAAAACGCUUUAAUGUUGGUGGCUGUACAGCACGUGAUGUCAAGACAGG